UAUCAAGCGCUCGCCGUUGUUUACAAGAUUCAGUUUAGUUCGUCGAAAACAUUUCCGCAUCCUCGCUUUUCAGACAGGUAUAUUAGCGCAGAAAUAAAAUACCAUUAACAUUUACACCGACGAGAUGUUACAAGGCAUACAGCACGGUAUAAUUGUAGCGGGUAUAUUAUUGGUGACGUCACAACAUGCUGAAUGCGUGAAUUCGUACCUGUUCGUAGCGCCGAACGCUUUUCGGCCUGGUCAAACAUACAGUGUUCAUGGUCAGUUACUUCGGCCAGUGUCAAGCCCGGUCACCGUGGAGGUAAAACUGACAGGAACUGAGACUGUGGCGGUCACUGCCGCAACCUUUAACGACCAGAAUGAUUUCACGGUCAAGCUGAUUAUUCCAAACAGUGUUAGUAAAGGCAAAUUUCGCCUGGAGAUCGAAGGUUCGGGAGGGUUGACAUUCAACGAAACCAAGGACGUAAGGCUCGAGCCCAAGGUGACAUCUGUAUACAUACAGACUGACAAGGCUGUCUACAAACCUGGACAAACCGUUCACUUCCGAGUGUUUGGAGUUACGCCAGAUCUUCGUGUUGUAUUUGACAAACUCCAAGUGGAAUUAUAUGAUCCAAAGGACAACAAAAUCAACCAAUGGCACGUAGAUGCGGCGGAAGUGACGUCACUAGGGGGCGUGUACGUCCAGCACCAGGUCAUGUCGGAGUCCCCCGUGCUCGGCACGUGGAAACUGAAGGCUAAACUGCUCUCGUACGAGGGAGACUACGAAGAAAAGACAUUUAAAGUUGACGAGUAUGUUCUGCCAAAAUUUGAAGUUGAACUUGACCUUCCGAGCUUCGGACGAACACAAGAAAACGAAUUCACUGGAAACAUAAAAGCGAAGUAUACAUUCGGCAAGCCCGUCAAAGGGGAGGUAGAGCUGCGAGUGAGCCCAAAACACGAACAGUUUGAGUGGAAAAAUGGGCAGCGUGUUAAAACCAGCACAACUUUUGAAAUGAAAAUGCCAAUGGACGGCAAAGCGAGUUUUACGAUAGCUACAUCUCGACUGGAACAGUUAAGAGGUAGUCUAGAUGGUGCCGUACUUGUCUUUGAGGCAAACGUGACGGAAAGUUUGACGCGUAUGAAGCAAGGCGAUACACAGGAAGUGACAUUUUACAAGGAACCCUUGAAGCUGGAGUUUCCUGCGUCACUUCCGGAGACAUUUAAACCUGGGAUGACAUAUGAAGCUGUGGUUAAGGUAUCGCAACGUGACGACACUCCUCCAGCCAGCGUUGAAGGCCAACUGAAUGUUACGGUGACGGAGUUCCGGAAGCAAAACGACACUAAACCUGUUAUUGUUCCAAGGGUUGGUAACGAUCGCGUUAAGAGGCGCAUCGCGCGCCCAAAUCCCUCAAGGGAGCUGGUUGCAACAGAGCGCCCCACGGUGUUGUAUACAGUUCCAGCGGACGGCAUAGUCGAGUUUCCGAUAUCCGUUGAUCAACGGGUAGAGAAAAUUACAGUUCAGGCAAAGCUGAAUACCGUAAAAGUUUCAAAAACGCUCAAAAAGAGGCACUCUCCCAGCGCCAACUUUCUGCAGUUGCGAUCUCUGACGAAUAAACCCAAGGCGGGCGAGACGAUGGCGAUUGCAAUUAGAGCAACCGAAUCAGUUGAUGAUGUUAUCUAUCAGAUAUACGCCCGAGGCCAACUCAUUAAAAGCGGUAACAUCACAGUGAAGAGAAAGAGUAAAACAUGGAAAUUUCAAGCAUCACAUCACAUGGCGCCAAAAUCUCAAAUCUUGGUGAUGUACGUCAGAGCGGACGGGGAGUUGGUGGCAGACGCACUCUCCAUUAAUGUAGAUGGAGCGUUCAUGAAUAAGGUGACAGUGAAUUUCAAUACAACCGAGGCAGUGCCGUCGGACAAGAUACGUUUAGACGUAUCUGCUGACGUCGGUUCGACUGUCAACGUGCUAGGCGUUCGACAAGAGUGUAUUGUUGCUAGGAACCGGUAACGAUAUCACACAGUCACAGGUAGUACAAGAUUUAAACGGCUACUCACUGAAGUCUCUGACCUCCUCGUCGUUAGGUCGUCCAUUUCCGGUGUGCGACUGGUUCUGCUGGCGAUGGCCACUUCCGGUUGGCGGGGAGGACGUCAAGGAUGUCAUUGAUGAAUCCGGAGUCGUUAUUCUUACCGACGCUACCGUGUACGAAUGUA